UAUAAGAGAGCGAGUCAGAGACUAGACACAGGAGAGUAAGGGAGGGUUACUGAAGGAGUGUAGUCGGGCAUCUGGGUAUUUCACAUCUGGACAUGCAGUACUCAGGAGAAAUGACUCUUGAACCUACAAGCGUCCCAGACCUCAGUACCACAGCUUUAUACAGAGACCAAAACAACACCAAUGGCACUGAUUGUCCUGAUUCGUACGACUGGGAGUGGCUCUACACCGGUCAGCCAGUGUAUAUCCUGCUCAUCACUGUGCUGGGAAUCGUGUUUAAUGUGUUUGUCCUGAUAGUUUUCUGCUUCCACAAGAAGGCCUGCACCGUGGCUGAAAUCUACUUGAGCAACCUGGCUGCUGCUGACCUCGUCCUGGUGUCCUGUUUGCCUUUCUGGGCUGUCUACACAUCCAACGGUUUCAAUUGGCCUUUUGGUCUGUUCCUGUGCAAAGUCGUCAACCUGGGCAUUAAGAUAAAUGCCUACAGUAGCAUCUACUUUCUUGUUCUGGUUAGCAUAGAUCGCUAUGUGGCACUGGUGCAUACGAUGUCCCAUGGCAGAAUGCGUAGGCCAAAAUAUGCAAAACUGGGUUGUUUGCUGAUGUGGGGUCUCGGCUUGGUGUUGAGCAUCCCCGAGCUUCUCUUCAGGGAAGUGAGACCUGUACCUGAGUAUGGUGUAAAUGCAUGCUUUCUGGUUUACCCAACCCACAUAGGGCUGUUUUGUGAUGGGAUGUUGAUCAUUUUUAGCUUCGUCAUCCCAAUUUCGAUUAUCUUAUUCUGCACUGUCAAGAUUAUUCAGGCUUUGAAGAUCCAGGUAAUAGAGAGAUUCAAUGCUGUGAAAACAGAACAUAAGGCCACCACGCUGAUGCUGGCGGUCCUCCUGGCGUUUCUUAUCUGCUGGGUGCCAUUCCACGUGGUCACCACAUUAGAUGUGCUCUCACGGGCUGAAGUCCUGGUAGGGUGUCACCUUCUGUCUGUCAUAGAAAUCUGCAAUCAGAUCUUCACAUACUUAGCCUUCUUCAACAGUGUUCUCAACCCCAUCCUCUACGUCCUGGUAGGAAAGAACUUCCGGAAAAAAGUGUGUGAACUCUUCAAGCAGUGGAGCAUUAGGAAAAUAGUGACCUCUGAGUCCUCACGUGCAUCAAACCUGUCCUCUACACUGAAGACUUUGGUAUAAAAUACUUCUUUCAAAACUGUUCCCCUCAAAAAAAGACUGCAGAAAGAUGACUGUGGUGGACAGGCAUAUAAUAUUCUUGGCAAACGUAGACGAUUCCAAUGAUAAGGUAAAUUCAUUAUUUGAUUUGUAGUGGAUCUAAUUGUGUAGUAAUUGUAUCAAAUCACCUGUUCUCAAAUCAAUCUUUGACGUGACGUCUUCUCAAAAAGAUAAACUAGCUUUAAUUAUCUUUAAGAAAUGUAGUGAUAUGUGGUGGGCCAUACAAGGUUUGAACGUUUUUAUUUCUUUAUUUUUUAUAAGAGUUUCACCACAUGCAAUAAACUACAGCUGGUCUCUUGUUACAAACAUUUGCAAACAUCCAUAUCUUAAAUGUAAAGGUGGUGUGAUCUAAAUCAUCGUGGUUGCUGUAAAAUAAUUUAUGUAAAUACCUUUUUUUAAAUAUUCUGCUUGUAUUGCUCAUAACUCAGAUUGUAAAUAGUGCCAGUAUUUGUUUUUCUCUGUACAUAACAGGUCAAAUAA